CCGCGCGCAGGCGCCCUCCGGCCGCCAAUGGGCGCCAGCUUCCCCCCGCCCCCAACCUCCUUCCCGCGAUCGGCGAUCGGCUGGCGCUGCCUGGCGGGGACAGAGGUCGGCGGGGAGGCGCGCGAGGCGCGCGGCGUGGCCGGGCGGGACGCUCUGUGCGGUCGCCUCUCCCCUGGGCCCGUCCUCAUGGCGGCGGUUUAUUCUGGGAUUUACCUGAAGCUGAAAAGUGCCAAGACUUCUUGGGAAGACAAACUGAAACUAGCCCGUUUUGCGUGGAUUUCUCAGCAGUGUGUCCUUCCUAAUAAGGAGCAAGUAUUACUCGACUGGGUAAGCCAUGCUUUGGUUUCAUACUACAAUAAGAAACCUGAACUGGAGGAUGAAGUUGUUGAGAAACUCUGGGCAUAUCUAGACAGUGUUAUCCAUAGUAGAAGACUACAGAAUCUCUUAAAGAGUGGGAAGACAAUCAGUCUCAGUUUUUCAGUUGCACAGGUCAUAAAUGAAAGGUUAUCAGAGGCCUGUUCUCAAAAAACACAACAAAACAUUGGCACAGUGCUGAGUUGCUCCAGUGGCAUCCUUUCUACUUCUUCGCUCUCCAUCAUUUACACCACAAAGUGUGAGCUCUUGAUUGAUCUCCUCAGCAAGCUGUCCACGCUGGCCUGUCAGCAGCUGGCUUCUGAUGACGCUGUGGGUUCCCAGUUGUUCAGUGUCCUCCAGCUUACCUUUGCUCAGUACCUCCUGAUCCAGAGGCAGCAAACCAACCCAAAUCGUGUGUUUGGGCAAGUGACAAGUCACUUGCUCCAGCCAUGUCUGCUCCUGAGGCAGUUGCUGACUGUGAGGAGCUGGACACAAGCAGAUGACAAUCAUGUGCGUCAGCACCUGAGCAGGGAAAUCCGAAACCAAGUAGAAACUUUGCUGCAGUCUGGCUUAUUCCCGCCUGAGCUUUUCUCAUCGUACAAAGAGGAGCUGCUGCCAGAACAGGAACUCCAGGAAAAGAAGAAAGGAGCUUUGAAAAGUCUUGUGCUACCAGUCAGCACAGUGCAGACCAAGCUGCGCAGUGGCUUUUGUGAACCUGCCCUCCACGGAGCUGUCGUGGCUGGUUCCGUGUCCCUGCUAUAUAAGCUCUUUCUGGAUGCGUACUGUAAGGCAGAAAACCACCUUGUGUGUUUCCACAUGCUCAGCAGGUUUUUUGGCUGUCUCCAGCUCUCUGGCCUGCAGCAGGGCAUGAGGGAGGACACGCUCUCCCCUGCGGAUUGGAGCACGGAGUUGCUUGCUUUGGAACAGCUUCUGAACUUGGUGCUUAGCAGUGAUAUCUAUAAUGUUGCCAGUGACCGCAUCCGGCACAAGGAGGUACAGUUUGGGUUUUACCGCCAGCUAGCACAGAUGUUGAUGAGGCACUCCCAGGCUUCCAUCCCUGCAUGGUUCAGAUGUCUCAAACUCCUGAUGUCAUUAAACCACCUUAUAGUAGAGCCAGACCUGGAUGACUUGGUGGCCUCGGCUUGGAUUGAUGCCAAGGCCUCUGAGCAGCGUACGAAGAAGCCCCAGGAGGCCCUCAUCAACACUGUGUUUCAAACUUACUCCAAGCUGCGACAGUUCCCACGGCUCUUUGAGGAGGUGCUGACAGUCAUUUGCCAGCCAGCUGCUGAUGAACUGAGGCUGCCUGUCUUCUCUGCUGGCCUGACAGUAAAGCUUCGUGAGUGCCUCCUUGAACUGCCACCUAACCAGAUUCUGGACAUUUUGUGUCUUUUCGUGGAGAAAUGCCAGACCUUCAUCAUUCCUGCUGUUGAAGGGUCAGCUGACAUGGCCUCGAAGCUGCUAUCAGUGAGCUCGGUGCUGCAUGCUUUUCUGUUCAACAUGAGGAGCUUAGAUGAUGUCACUCCUUCCCCUGUGGUCCUUCGCACUCAGAGUCUGCUGGCAAAGAUGCAGAAGGGAAUAAUUCGGCCACUGAUGGAGCUGCUGCAGGUUCCUAGAAGAGAGGAAGAGAAGUCAGAGCUUUGGCUAAGAAAGGCCAGUGAUUCUGCUCUCCUCCUUGUUUACACUUGGGUUGAGGUAGACACUUUGUUUGGUGUUAGCUGCAGUAAAUAUGUGUCUCCGACAGCUGAAAUUGCUGGUUCUGUUACUGAACCUGCUGCAAGGCACUGGAGCAUGUCAGCUUUCCUCCCUGGUGUGAAGGAGCAGUGCUGGGAGAGACUCAUGGAACUUGCAAAUGGUUUUGCCUCCACUAGUAAAUACUGCCUAGAACUGCUCACGCUUCAGAAAAUGAAGAUGGUCUUAAUGCAGACCAAAGCUGACCUGCAGGCAUUGCAGCAUGGUGCUGCUUUCAUCCUGGAGUCUGGGAGAUCCAGCAUGAGCAGGGGAGAAUCUGAACCCUGGGAUGGAGACAUCAGCGCAGUAAGUGAUCUUACCUACCCCACGGCACACUGGCACCUCAUCAUCUCCAACCUGACUAUCCUGUUGCCGUAUAGUUCCCCGAAAGAUGUAGAGUACAUUGCAAAUGUGCUUCUAGAUACCUUAGUAUUGGCCAAAGCUCAGGAAGCGGCUACAGACCAGGAGCCUUCCCUCAGCAUUGGAAAGAUAUCUCUUGAUUUGAUGCAUAGUUCCUUUCUCCCGGAAAUGAAGGUCCUGCAUUGUGCUUUUCUGACACGUCUUAUUGAUCAGUUUGCUAGGGUGCUGCCUGCUGCUGCCAGGGAUUCAGUAGAUCUGCCACUUCAGCAGCUCUCUGCAGGUAACAUCCCUUGGCAUGAAGAAAUCCUGGCUCAUUGCAGACCUGUUGACCUGUUGGAAGCACCGUCAGAAAGCAAACCGCUGAAGGAUCAGCUCAGCUUGUCUUGGAAAACACUGGAGAAAGUUGCCCAUUGUAUAGUAUUGUUAGCAAAAAGUGACUGCCCUGUCAUCCUGAAAGAAAGUCAGCUCAAAAGCUGCUUGGGUUUGCUGGAAAUUGCUUCCCUUCUGAAACUAGACAGUCUCCUUCCCUCUGAUUGUACCCGGUGUUUUCUGGUGCUGCUGUCCCUGCUAGCCAAUACCAGGCCUAGAGUCUCUUGCAGCAAGCUGAUAUUGCUGAAGUUUCUAAGUACCUGCUUCCACCUCCUGAGGUGCCUGCAAGCUGGCAGGAAUGCCAGCUCUAUUUUUAAGGUGUUUCAUGCCAGCGAUGUUCUUGAGGCUGUCAUGACCUCCCAGCUUACAGCUAGCAAAUUCUUCACUGAUGUCUUGACUGUUCCUGAUUGGACAGAGUAUCUCCAGGAGGUCCAAGCCUUUUUAGAAAACUUUCUUCAGGUGAUUAUUGAAAGAAGGCAAAGUGUGAGGCUCAACUUGGAAAAGUUCAUGUCUUUUCUGGUGAGCUGCAAGCCAGGCAUUGAUGCAGCCAAAAGCAAAGGCUUGAAGAACUGGAAUCCCGCAGCUGGGCAGUUACUGCUCAUGGCAUUCACCACACUGUGUCAUGUCGUCACACUCUACCUUCAGCAGCUGCCAGAAAAGAAGCUGCAGUCUGCGGAUGUGCUGUCUGCUCUGUUGGAGCCAGUCGUUCUGCAGAUGGUCAGAACUGUGGAACACAGUCUUCAGAGUAACACCCAAAACCAGCCUUUGCCUGUGGCAUUCAUACCAUCUGUCACGACUCUUCUCAAAGCAGAUCUGAGCCAUGCUGUCAGGAAGGGCUGGCAGAAGGAGCCCAGUGGGUUUUUGGAGCAGCCCCGUAUUAAACUGUACCAAAAGUUUUACUCUCAGAUACUGAGAGAGCUGCCCUGCGCAGGAGGUAAUCUGCAGUUCCUUCAGUCUGCACUGCAGUUCCUGACGGUCUUCUGCUCGGUGCCAGAGCUGUAUCCUGGAAAAGAAACUGCAGUCGUGGUUGUUUUUGCUAUAAAAAAGCUUCUCACUGGUGCUGCGAUCACGACCCAGGUGAUCCACAGUAUGGAGCUGGAGCUGACAGAGGUGCUUGUCCAGCUGCUGGGAAACUGCUCUGCCGAGGAGUUUUAUACCAUAAUGAGGCUGAUGCUGGAGGGACUUGAAAUGAGGAAUGUUUGGCAACAGAAGGCUAAAGAAGUAUUGUCAGCUGUUACGCUAACCAAAUUGUUGCUCAGCUGCCCAUUAAGUGGAGACAAAGAGAAAGCUUUCUGGUUUGCCAGCCCUCAGAUAAUCACAGCUUUAGCUAUGCAAACCAAAGAGGCUUGUCAGGACCAGUCACUGAUUUCCACAAUAGUUGUACCUAUUCUAGAGACUGUAGCAGCUCUGCUAAGGCAAGGAGAAGGGGUUCUCUUGAAUCCACACCAUGUGUCGUUGGCGUUCAGCAUUGUCCUAACAGUCCCUCUGGAUCUUGUGAAGACAGAAGAGUAUCGCAGUGUCUUCCUGGGAGUCCAUGAAGUGCUCUUCUCUAUUGUGCAGUGUCAUCCGAAGGUGCUAUUGAAAGCAGCACCAUCUUUUCUGAACAGUUUCCAUCGUCUGGUUGUUUCUGUCAUGCAUGAAGGACGUCAGAAAGGAGACAGAGGUAACACAGAUGAGUUUGAAGUUAUGCUGAAGUGUGCACACUUGGUGGAACGGAUGUAUACUCAUAUUGCUGCAGAAAUGGAGGAUUUUACUGUGUUUUCUGCUUUCAUCGUGGCUCAGUAUGUGACUGAAUUGCAGAAGAUGGUGAACCCUGUGGCAGACAGAAAGGUCUUCUUCAUUAAUUACUUCACUUUUUAGUCCUUUACUGCAGACAUCUCUACCCACAAACCGGCUAAUUUCAUAGCACAGAGAAGACCUAUCAAUAAGCAGAAGCUUUUUCCAAAGAGAAAGCAAAGGUUUUUUCCCUUUCCCUUCUUUCUUGAUUUCUAAUGGUUAUUUUAGAAAUACUCAGUCUUCAUAGAGAUACCAAAAGCAAACUCCAUCCCUGAGUAAAUAAAAAUUCAUAUUCAUGUGUAUAUACAUGGGUAGGUACACAUAUAUACCUAAGCACAUAAAAAAAACAAACACAUGGCAUUGCUUGGAGUUAUGUAGAUGGUUUUGGCUGCGUAUUUUAUUUAUUGUACUUCUAUUUUGAGAGGAAAAUUGGAUUUGGGGCUGUGUCUGUCUCUGAGAGUGCAUUAUUUGACUUUUAAUCUACAUCAGACUGUAACAAAGCACAUCCCAUAUCACCGAUUCUGUUGCUUCUGAUACAAAUUCAGUAUUUCAAGAAUAUUUAUGCAUACAGGAUUAUUUAGUUUGGUGGCAGAGGUGUUGCAUUCUGCAUUUUUCUUCUGAAGGGUUUUACUGGUUGUUACUGAUUAAAUCGGCUGUUCACAUAAAUUCCAUCUAUGGAAUGGGUGGAUAUACAUAUGGGCUGGUGAAUACUAAAUAUCCCCAGUAAACAGGGGGUUAACUCUGCAUCCCUUUUCCUCCACUGAGGGAAGGCUGCCAGGGAUGGGGAGAAGAAGAAAUGGAGGCUCCCCCUCUAAAUUUUGAGGAGAGGGAUGAGCCCCAGCAGGGGGGCGUUCCCCGGUGGUUUGGUUGGUGUGGAGGUGGCGGCUCCUGUGGAUUUGCCCUGGGUUACAAAACACGGGUUGCUCCUGACAGACCUUGCUAGUUUCUUCUGUGGCCUGAUGGGGAGCAAGAACAAUAAAAUCUGUUUUGAAUAAGUUACUACGUCUUUAUUUACCUGCAUUGGACCAGUCACGUUUCAACAAGGACUUGUCUAAAACUUUUCUAUUCAACUGUGGUCACUGUACCUAAUUUUUCCACUUGUCUUGCCUCCCUAAGCCCAGCUCCUGCAAAUACGUAGGCCCAUUGCAGACUUUAAAAAGAGGAGCAGUAGUGCUGAGCUCUGUCAAAUUCCCUUGAUGGCAGCGUUUUUUCCCUUGUGCCCUAGACAGUCCUGUCAGCUGCUGUACUCCCAUGACAAGGUGGCUGCAUUUCACAGCAAAUGAGAUGCUUUCUUCAUGCAUGGCUGUAAAAUACUUUGAAACCUGAGUGGAUGAAUAAUGUUGUAUCAUAAAUAUAAAAUGAAUAUUGUUUUACGGUUCCUGAAAUAUUAAUUUGUGCAUGGAGCCACUCUUGGAAUGUUUUUUUACUAAAUGUAAAGAUCUUUUUGAGUCCUGAAUGUCCUUGCUUUGUUUUUUUAUUAUUAAUAUUCCCUCCAGGAGACAUUGACUUUCCCUUCCCCUAGACAUGCUGACUCCUGCCUGCCAGAGUGAUUCAGCAGCUUGCCACUCACUUUUACAGAAGGAAAGUUUUCUCUUGGCUUCUUCCACUGGCCUGGUGUGACCGUGGCUGCAAUUAAGGGACAUAUUCGUGUGGCUGGUUGAUUCUUCAUACUGAGCCGGGCAGCCCUGAGCUCUGGCUGGCUGGUGGCUCUGUCCUUUAUGUGGGGAGAGAGAUCCCCGUGGAGAGCAUCGGGGCUCUCUGCUUCACAGCUUUCCCCUUUCCAGGCAGGGUCAUGUUAAGUAACCAAAAGUUAUUUAUAAUUGAGGCUGAUUGUUGACUGUCUGUCACAGGCAUCUGGGUCUAUAGAAGAAAGUCUAUAGAAAAAUGCUGCUCAUUUGUUUAACUGCAACAAAUGCCCAUAAAAAAUGCAAGGGAUGAGGAAUGAUUAACACUUACUUCUCUUUCUUUCCCAUGUGAAAAAAUGGGGGCAGGCUGUUAUUUUUUGUUUAAGUUGAGGAGAGGAGACUCACAUUACAAUAUUUUAAUUAUGUUUUGGUUUUCCUAAUAAAGUGUUAAAUAGCUGUCAGAGUUUAAAAGCACAAAGCCUAACAUAAACCAAACCAGAGACAUAGAUGUAUAUAAUUGCGUGCAAACUGACUGACUGGUAUGUCUUAUUUUAUUAAAGCAUGGUAUAUGAAGCUAAAUUAUGUGGGUUUUAUGGAUCCCUAAAUUACAUGUUUUUAUCGAUCUCUUGUCACUCUUAAAAAUAUAUUAUGAAGAAAAAGAAUGCAGUCUUUGAUAUUGAAAAAGAAAUUCAACUGCAACACAUAAAAGAUCUGGAAAACUAUAAUUCAGUGUGUGGGGCUGACACAAAUGUAAAACACUUAAUCGUAGCUAAUUAGUUUUAAAAAUUCUGUGUCACAUGCCUUUAGGGACCAGACUGGGAAGCAGUGCUGUAGUCAUUCGUGGGACAACCUUCCUGGCUGCCCUGUGGUAGACAUUUCAAAGCAGAUGUCUUCUCCCCGAUGUGGGAAAGAGAGACAUCAGGUUUGAGAGCCAGGUUUCCACAGCAGCAUACUUUCUGAAAACCUGGGGGGUUUUCCCAAACUGGGGGGGGGGGGGGGGGAAACAUCACUUGGGCUGCCAGCUCUGUGUGUGGCUUGCCAUGCUUGGAUGCCAAACAAUUUGGAAAGUGGAAACCCAUGCCAGUGCUGUGGGAAGAGCUUGGCCAUGUGGGGGCCAGGGUCUGGCUUCCCCCCUGCAGCAGCUGCCAUCAGAGUGGGAAUAAACCUCGGCAGCGCUCACGGCACAUGGCAAAGCACUGCCAGUGAGAUUGAGGGUGCUGUGCUUUGUUUUAUUUGGUGGAGAGGAGGUGGGAUGGAGGAAAAGGGUGGUUUUGGUGCUACUUCUCCACACUUGAUACGUGUGAUUUCGUUGAUGGCUGUGGUGUGCCUGUACCCUGCCAUAGCUCGUUGCCUUGCUCCAAGUGUUGCAAUCAUUUUUAUAUCUUGUCAGAAGUAAGACCAUUCCCUAGUGGCCUCUUGACGUUGCUGGAAUUCAGCUGCUAGCCCCAAAAUGGGCAUCUACUUUGAUAUUGCUUGAUCUUGUAACACAAAACAAACCAGAUGCUCACAUCUGAUAGGCCUGAACGUAACCUUGGUACGGUCUUUUCUUACAAUAGAGAAAUCCCUUCAUUUAACCUGUCUCUGAACCUGGAUUUUUGUGCUUGACUGAAGACAAAUAUGAAAUAUGUACUCAUAUCCCAGGACUUGUUUCUCAUACUCAGCUACUAAAUAUUCAGCUGUGGCCUUCAUAAGUUGUUACUAAUGUUUGAAGUUGCUUUUUUACCUUAUCUGCAAGGAGCACCUGCAGUGCCGUAUUUACCAAGAGCAAGAGGAUUUCUUUUGUUUCUGCAGAGAGAUUUAAAAGAAGGGACAUGGCCAGUUCAUAUGCUAAUGGAGGUACCAGCAGAAUGUUAAUAGCUGAGAUAAACAAUAACAAAAAGAAAAAUAAAAGUACUUUUGUGAGUUGUUUUGAGGCUAAGAGCUGGGCUUCUGGGUUUGAGGGCAUUUUCACCCCAACUUGCCUGUCUGACAACUGGAUUUCAUUUUAAUAUAAUAUUCAGUGGAGGAAAGGUGUGAGUUUGUCUUGAACGGUGAGUCUGCUUUGAAAAUCCAUUGAAAUUCAAAAAUCUGAUUUUCCAACAACCUUCCCUUUGUACUUCACAAUUCAUGCCCCCGAAUGCAUGUCCUGGGUUGAGUGAGUGGUGGAGUUUUUCGGUGGCAGGGGA